CUUGCAUUUCCAAGCAUGGUGCCGGCAACGCAAGGAAAGAAGCCGCCGCUCCUCGUGCACGCGUCACGUAUUCACCACGACUGGAUGCGCCAUGCGUCCGAGUGCAUCAUCUGCAGCAAGCCCUUCUCGCUCCUUCGGCGGCGUCACCACUGCCAUAUCUGCGGUGGCAUUGUCUGCCGAAGCUGCAGCGAGCACGAGACGCUCAUCGUCCUGCCCGUCAUGCAGGUGCUGCACAGCGUGCGCGUCUGCGUCGUGUGCCUCGACCAGUGUGACACGAACGGCGCGCCGGGCGAGUACGUGCCACGGCACAAGCCCGAGGCAGCGUGGAGCAAUGCGUGGCCCGAGCCGCCGACGCCGCCCGACGAGCCCGCGCGUCUGCAAUUCCUUGAUCAGAUUGCGCAGCAUUUUAGUGCGUGGCAUGAGUUUGACCGUGUCUGCGAGAUGACGUCGUCGCUGCUCAAGACGCCGGUGAUGGCCAUUAGCAUCAUUGAUGCAACGCACCAGCACUUUGCCGCGCGCAUGGGGCUUGUCCAAGCCGACAUUUCCCGCCACGUGAGUCUCUGCGCCCACGUUCUGUGCUCAAAGGCACCGACUGCCGUCCCCGAUUUGACACAAAGUGCGCUCUAUCGACGAAAUCCCAUGGUCGCCGGUCCCGCCAACGUUCGGUUCUACGCGUCCGUGCCGCUUUUGUCACCGCCCAAUGCCCUUGUCCUUGGGACCGUCUUUGUCAUGGACACGACGCCGCGGACUUUGUCAGAGUGCGAGGAGGCGCUGCGGCUGCUCGCCCAAGUGGCGCACGCUGUCAUGCUGCGGAUCGAGAGCGAUGAGGUCGCGACCGCCGGGCGACUCCAAGCGAUCGAGGACAUGAUGACGCGGACGCGCCAACAAGUCGACCACAUGACCACGAUGAGCCAGCGUUAGCAUCUCGCGCUAAUACCACUAGUAUCGUCCGACGAGAUGAUGUAUCGCCUUCGUGCAUGCGCUGACGUUAAUGCAUGCGUUGCAUACUUGGA